AUCACGUGAUCGACUAAGGACCUUAUUUAGCGCCAUUUUGUUGUGCUUUCGGAAGUAAAACGCGUAUAUUUUCUCCUUUGGUAUCAUAUCAGGAAAACAGAUAGCAUUUGAAAGGUGCAUCGAUGAAGUGGGAAUACAAAGAAGAGCACCCUUUUGAAAAACGGCGGGCUGAGGGAGAGAAAAUUCGGAAGAAGUAUCCGGACAGAGUUCCGGUAAUUGUUGAGAAAGCACCAAAAGCAAGGAUAGGUGACUUGGAUAAGAAGAAAUAUCUGGUUCCUUCUGAUCUGACAGUUGGACAGUUUUACUUCCUUAUCCGGAAGAGAAUUCAUCUCAGACCUGAAGAUGCCUUGUUCUUUUUUGUGAACAAUGUCAUUCCUCCCACAAGUGCCACAAUGGGUCAGCUCUACCAAGAACAUCAUGAAGAAGACUUCUUCCUCUACAUAGCAUACAGUGAUGAGAGUGUCUAUGGAGCUCAGUAAAAAGAGAGAUAUUUGUGUAGUUAAACUUCUAAUUGGUGUCAGUGAGACUGUGGAUGAAUUCUUUUAGCAGCUGUACUCAAGGUUAUAAAAUUAUUUCAAGUAUAGUAAAUAGAAAAAGUAAUAUUCCUAUUUUUUGUGGUUACUAAUUUACUUGUUUUGGUCAGCUGCCAUAGUGUUUAAAGUACAUGUACAUUUUUGUUGCAAGUGGGCUGUCAUACUGAAUUCAAUCAAUUGCCUCAUUUUUCCAAUGUGAGCAUGAUUACAGCAAGGAUAGCUUAGUAGUCACAAUUUGUAAUCAAUGUUGAAAACUUGAUUAGUUAUUCUCCCUUUGAAAGGUGCUUCAGUGUAACAUUGCUUAAUCCGUUUACUUCCCCCCACCUAAUGUAAGGAAUAUUUAAAUACUAAUUGAUUCUGGUUCUUUAGCUUAACUUUUGGGAUCACUCAUUGAGGAAACUGUUUCUCUGGCCAAUCAGUUUCUUGCUUUAUUAUGGGUUGAUGAUAGUAUUGUGCAUUAUCUUUGUCUAGGUAACCUUUUGAUUCUGAGUGAUCAAUAUUUAAUUAACUUCUAUUUGUAAUACACUGUUAAGGUACAGAUGACAAGAAUAUGGAAAAUUAUAUAAUACAUAGAAGUUAUUGUACUGAGGAGGAAUAACCAGGUGCCCGAGGGCUCUUGUCUUUGAAAUAAGGGGUUUCCAAAACAAUAAGUGCCUCGGAUGCCAGGCAAGACAGGAAAACAGCCCUUGAAGGGGUUCAACAAUCAGUUUAUUUCCUUGCACCAUGGUUGUGAAUAUUCAGGUGUAUGACCUUGAAAAGCUUACAGUGUGUGAUGAAUGAUCUUUAAUUUGUUUUUGGUUAAUGUUCUACUUUUCUUGUUCAUUUGCUGCCACUUUAAGAAGUUAUUUAGAGAGAAAAAUUUGUUGUGGUGCAGGUUAUUUGUGGUAAUUCUCUUUACAAGUAUAAUGGUGGUGUAAAAGUUAUCCCUUCCCCUUGAUGCAUUUUAUUUUGAUGGUAAUCAAUAAACCAAUCUGUUAACCAAAAUAAUUUUUCAUGUUACUAAAUAGUUUUUAUCCUAAGAUAGAUGAAGACAGUUGUGAGAAUACAGGCUUCAAAAUGUGUUAAGAAAAUUGGACACUUUGUAUCUGUCCAUUUGAAUUCUUAAAACCUCGAAUAAAGAAAUUUAACAUCAACAAAUCAAA